UGAACAGUUCAGUUUUAUUCGAUAUCAAAUAUUGCGGGUGGUUGGGGUAUCGAUGAAUAGAUUUAUUACUGGGAGAUACUAUCGAAUAUUUUGCAGCUCUACACAAAAGCAGAGAAGAAAAUUUUAGCGUGGUUUUUUCGGACGAAAAACAAUCAAAACUGCAGCAAAUCGUGAGAAAUACCAAGCCAAAAAUAAUCUGUAUAUGUGGAACCUGCUUAGCAUAAUUACAAAAUUUACGCAUUACUUUGUGCGAGAGUCGGCAGCGUUUUCGUUUUAAUUGACUGACUGCCCUUUACUCUUGCCCCGCAGUGCUUUGUGUAUGCUACGUUACAAUAAAUUCUUCGUGCAAAAAAUAUCCAAGAAAGUAGUGAAGCCCGCAAAGCAAAACAAAAGCUAACAAGCUUCCGAAAUAAAAAUUCUUGUUCCCCCCCGCCUGAAAGUGUCACCGCCAAGACGUUCCUGCGAAAAAUGUUUUGGGACAAGGGUUAUGCGCCCUCAGCGAAUAUAGAGGCAUUACUAGAGAAGGAGAAUUCAAAGCUAGAGGAAUUUCUAGAUGAGGAGGACAUACUGCAAGAAUGCAAAACGCAAAAGAAAACUCUCGUCAACUAUUUUACACGUGCCGAUGUGAUCAGGCGUCUGGUUGAGCUAAUCACAACUGAACCCUCUGAUGAUCUGCCCAUGGUACAGCGUUUUCGCUACGCAAACAUGUCCUGUGAGAUACUCACACUCGGCCUACCGUCCCUUGAUGAGAAGCUUCUGUCCGAUGCGGACACAAUACAGUUGCUGUAUUCAUAUCUGGAAAAAGAACCACCGUUAAAUCCAUUGCUGUCGUCGUUUUUUAGCAAAACGUUUAGCAUGCUCUUUACCAAAAAGCCUGAACAAGAUUGGUUUUCGUAUCAACACAUGUGCCUACAACUCCUGGAGUAUAUUAAAUCGCAGAAGACCUUUUUGGAUUUUAUUUGCAAACACUUUGACACACCGGUCAUACCUGAUCUAAUAAUGCAAAUGAUGAAGGACAUCGAGGGUGGUCAACUGAAGCGAAACCUAUUCGAAUGGCUAACUGAAGAUAAAAUUGUGGAGAGACUGAUUGCAAUAUUGCGUAAUCCUCAAGAAACCGAUAAACAUGCAAAUGUUGCCGACUUUUUCUGUGAUCUUAUUAACCAAGGGCGCCUAAUGCGUCAAACCGAGCAGGAGAACGAUUCAUUUGAGCCGGCCUUUGAUGGCUCGAAUCCAAUAUUGAAAACCAUUGAAUCUGCUGAUACAAUUGAAGCCUUGUUAAAUGUGAUUUUGGAACCAAACGCUCAAGAGAGCGCCAUCUUAUCAGGAAUAUCGGUUGUACUUACGCUUAUCAAGCCAAUUACAUUCACAGAUGAGCCCAAUUCUGAUCGUCAGCGUUUGCUGCAGAAGCGAGAACGAGAAUUCCAUCAGGAGGUGCAGGAGACUGUGAUCACUGUGAUGGCGCCACGCCUACAAGAGUUCGUUCAUGUUCUCAAGAACCCGCCCGCGAAAUCCACAAUUGAGACCACAGCGGCCGUGUUGACGCCCCCCUUUGGGAAGACACGUCUUCAAGUGUGUCGUGUGUUCACUGCCCUGUUGGAGACCAAACACGAGAGCAUUCAACAGGCGAUCUGCGCAACGGAAUACUUUAGUUUGCUGCUGGAGUAUUUCAAACAGUAUUGCUGGAACAACUUUUUGCACACCGAAACGGAGAAGGCCCUCCACCUGGUGUUCUACAAUGAGCUGUCCAAUAAUAAUACGGCUUCUACGGAGGCCACUGACUUCUUCACCGCCGAUUGCCUGAUCAAUGCCUUCCUGAAGGUCAACGAAGAGGAGUUCGACGUUGAGUUGAAGAAUGCCUUGAACGACUAUAAGCGGGAGGAGGGUGGCAACAACGUGCAUCAGGAUCAGGAUCAGGAUGGUGACAUCGAAAUCGAAGUGGCAGCUGCGCAGGAAGCGGCGGUACAGACCGAUGAGCAGACGCCAACCAUCAUCCAGGAAGCUAACCCCCAGGAGUCUCCAGAAGAACCGGAACCGCAGACAACUGUAGUGUCCGCCAAUGAGGAAACAGCGGCACCAACGCUGGAGGAGAAUCAUGUGGAGAACAAUUUGGAGGAUGAUAGAGGAGAGCUGUCGCUUGCAGCAGAUAAGUCGGAGAGCGAAACAACGCUUAAUGAUCUGGACAAGACCAAGGAAGCGCCCAAUGCCCUGCCUUCAGAGAUGCAAACGCAUUUGAUUGUAAACUGUCACUUGAUCUCCAAGUUGAUUGACUUUUGGCAGCACAAUGCGCAGGCGCAAUCUGUGGAAAAGGGCCGUCGACUGGGCUACAUGGGGCAUCUCAUCAAAAUUCUCCGUCAUAUUACAAAUUGUAUAUCAGAAUCUGAACAUAUCGCUGCCUUGAUGGUCACCAGCCUCAGGGAUGAGGCCGAGCAGCAGCUCUGGCAAUCGCUCAUCGAUGCGGAAACUGGCGAAUUCACGCUUGCAGCGAAGCAGCAGAACCAGAUGCUGGCUAACUGCAAUCCGCACGAGGACCACGAGUACAAUGCGGGCGGCUCGAAGGACUAUUUGGGCGAGACCAAUAGCUGGGACAUUGGAACGUUGUCCUAUAGCAACAUGGGAUACAGUGAUCUGGACAACACGUUGCAGGACAUUGUCUUUACCAUGGACAAUGAUCAAAAUCUAUUUCAAUUUGGUCGCAAUAUCGAUGACGAGGACGAUGACGAGGACGAGCAGGGCACUCACUCUGGCGCUGGCGAUGGACAUAGCCACGGCAUGUUCACGAAAAACUCGAUCACGCUGAGCAAUCUGGCCGAUACCUGGGACAUGGAUGUACAAUUCUCGGACAUUCCCGGUGCAUCUACUCAGGUCAACACUGGUACCGAGAACUGGGGCACGGAAUUCAAUACGCAUAACUUUGCCGACUUCGAUGCGCACUUUAGCACCUUUGGCAGCGAUUUGGGUAUGCCUACAUCACGGCCCCCCGUGGACGAGGAAUCGCAAUCAGUGCCGGACAUUCUGGCACCCACUCCGGCCACUGUCGGCGAUGAAAAAGAGUCGCAUGCGCACAAUGAUGAUGAUGAUGAUGAACCCAUGAGCCCCAAAGCUGUCCCGGAUAAUGCAUCCAGCAACGAUCAACAGGCUGAGUACGACAAUAAUGCUAAUGUGGAGAAGUCGUCCAGCGACAAGCUGGCGAGCGAGGCGAGUGUUGUCGAGGCCACAUCGAUUGUUACCCGACUGCAGUCGGUGUUGUUGGAUGGCGAGGAUGAUUACGAAGACGACGAGGGAAUGUGGACCAAGCCCUUGGGUGGGGAUCGUGAAACGGAGGAUCAAUCCACACCCAUUUCGAAUGGACCCACCAGCAAAGUGAACGAAUUCAAUCAUGCCAACGACAACGGCAGCAGUAACAACGUGGAUGGCCAUGAGGAAAGCAACAUCACAGCAACAGCGGAGCAACAGAAGCUGACGGCCGCUAGUGCCAACAAGACGAACAAUGUUGAGAUUGCAACACACACCACAUAGAUACACUCACACACAAACACACACACAAACACCCCACACCACACCCCACACCACACCCAAAUAAACACGCACUCAUUACCCAAUCUGCAAUCUGCAAUUUGUAUAGCAUAAAAUGUGUCGACGACAAUUUGUAAAAAUGCCUUUGAUUUGCUCUUUGGUCAUUUCUUAUACAUACAUAAUCAUGCAUAUGCUACAUAUUUAUAUGAAUAUAUACCACAUACUACUACUUAUACGUACAUGCAUAGACACGUCUAUAUAAAUAUAUAUAUAUAUUAUAUACACAACAAAAACAGGCUGCAAAAGUACAAGAAACAAUUUGUGCAUUAGCAAAAGGCCGAAGCCCGCCCAAAAAAAACCAAAAUGGAAAUGAAAAAAAAUGUUUAAAAGUAAAAAAACGUUUAUUGUUGAAUACUUCUGCUCCUCGCUCGUAUUGCCAAUUAUUUUAAUUUGUAACUUCUUUCACGCUUCCUAAUUAAGUGAAUUGUAUUUUUUUUUGUACUUGUACUUGUAUAAGUCUGUCGUUUUAGUGCUUUAGUGCUUCUACUUUCAAUACUCUCAAUGUGUUAGGCAACGAAUGAGCAUUACUUAAAGUACCAAAAUUUACCAUGCAACAAGUAAUGUCGUAUGAAUAGUUUUGUAUUUGUAUUUCGUGGAUAAUCUAUAUCUAUACAUACAUAUAUAUAUACAUAUACAUUUACACACACACACACACACUCCUACACCCCACACACACAAAUUUGUAUUGUUGAAUAUUCGUGUUGGAGACUUGUGCGAUUCAAUAACUUGAAUGAAAACGAAGCAAAAGCAAUGCCAAAAUACCAAAACUUUCAACACAACAAACACACACACACACACACAUGCUGCAAGCACAAAAAAGUACGCAUUAUGUAUUAAUGAGGUAUAUUACUACAUAUUUAUGUAUGUACAAAUAUACUUAUGUCUUUUGCCAUUAUGACUUUGUUUCUAUACAAAUCGGUAUAACCAAAAAAUAUUCUUUGUCGAAAGUACAAAAAUCAAACUGAAAGAAACUAAAAAAACAGAUGACAGAGUAAGAAACAGAAGCAAUAGAAAUAACUGAAAACAAGAAGCAAAGAAACAGCAAGCAUUUGUCAGGACGAACAUGAACUAAGUACACCCCCGAUAUACACAGAAUCUACAAGCAAACCUCCUUAAAACCUACUUAUAGAAACGAUUUUCUGUAGGCCUCCCUCCCCCUCCCAGAAAACGAGAAUUUCAAAUGAAGACUUUCCAAGAAGACAUUUUAAAUUUAAAUUUACUUACUUUUGUGUAUUGUUUUUAAAUAUAUUUCUAUUCAAGUUGCCGCUGGAAAAUGUUUUAGCGAACCAAGAAGAAAAUACAGAAAAGAAAAGAAAACAGAAUAAGCAAUGAAAAUGAAGAAAUACAAAUAUGCCAUCUUUCGCUUCCAAAUAAAUUACACUUUAAUUAUGUUUAAAAAUAAAACAAAAACUACUUUAAAAGUAAA